AACUACUACUACUGCACUUGCUGGUGAUUCUGCUGAUGAACCCAUAUAAAUAAAAAAUAUCCUCAACAUGGCGGCUCUCAUCAGGCAUGGCUCUCUCAUUUUUCCGCAUUCGGCUAAAAAUUCACUACUCUCUUUAAUAAAGGCGCCAGUACGUCACGAUGUCAUAAGAUGUAAAGCUAACAGGGCCAAGCAAAAACAAAAACAAUCAACGAUCAAAGGAAAAUGGGAGUGGAGUGAAAAGUCACUUUCAACACGAGGAUUUCUCCGGCCACUGAAGCCUUAUGAGCCACCAGCAGAUGCCUCAGAGAAGCUGAACAAAGUUUGCAAGGCCGAGGGUCUGUCAGAGAAUGACUCGACAGAGAUAAAAGAUCUAAAUCUGAGAUUUAAGUUAUUUAGCGCUUGUGCUAAUGAAUUCAAAUGUCCUAUUCCUAAUUCAGUGAUGUUUACUAUACGAACUAUCGGAGACUUGAGGAACUUUUACCACACUCCAAUAAACACAACUCUGCCGCUCGAAGCAACUAAAGACUUAAAGCUGCCGCCUAAUCUUCACAUUCAGUACGAGUACAACAGGUUCAAUCCAGAAACAGACACUAAAUUUGGCGGAAAAACAGCAUUUCCUAAGAGUUCAACUCUUGUCACUGGUCUCAAAUAUAAAAAGAAAUACCCUAGUCUCAUACUUGACAGUCCUUGGUCAUAAAAAUUUUGUUAAAAUUUUUUUAUUCUCACUUAAAUGAUACAUUCGAUUUGUUGAUAAACAAGUAUGUAAUAAAGUGAAUUAAUAAUCAA